CCCUCCAUCCGAGGGAGGAUGAGCUGGGGGCCUGGACCCCAAGGUCUGAGGAAGAAAGGGGGUCCCUGAUAGGCCGGUGGGGCAGUCGAGACUUGGGGUGGGGCCCAGGCCUCCAUUUGGCAAGGCCCUCCCCUCCCCACCGUUUCCUGGGCUGGCUGCUUAAGGGCUGGUAUAAAGGACUUGUUUCCUGUUGAAAAAGCAGAAAGAGAUUACCAGCCACAGACGGGUCAUGAGCCCGGUGUUACUGCUGGCCCUCCUGGGGGUCACCUUCCCACUGCCAGGAGUGCAGGCGCUGCUCUGCCAGUUUGGGACAGGUUACGACGUGUGGAAUGUGUCCCAGUUGCCCCUGCACUGGACCCCUAAGGAGAUCAGCUGUGACAGCGGCUUGGGGUGCCAGGACACGUUGGUGCUCAUUGAGAGCGGACCCCAAGUGGGCUUCGUGCUCUCCAAGGGCUGCACAGAGGCCAAGGACCAGGAGCCCCGCGUCACUGAGCACCGGAUGGGCCCCGGCCUCUCCGUGCUCUCCUACACCUAUGUGUGCCGCCACAAAGACUUCUGCAACAACCUAGUCACCACUGCCCCGCUCUGGACCCCGCAGCCCCCAGCAGACCCAGGAUCCUUGAGGUGCCCAGUCUGCUUGUCUAUGGAAGGCUGUCCGGAGGGGACGACAGAAGAGAUGUGCCCCAAGGGGACCACGCACUGUUAUAAUGGCCUCCUCAGGCUCAGGGGAGGAGGCAUCUUCUCCAAUCUGAGAGUCCAGGGAUGCUUGCCCCAGCCAGGUUGCAACCUGCUCAACGGGACACAGGAAAUUGGGCCCGUGCGCAUGACUGAGAACUGCAAUACGAAAGGAGUGCAGGAACUGCUCUGCCAGUUUGGGACACUUAAGGAGGUGUGGAAUGUGUCCCAGCUACCCGUGCACUGGACCCCUAAGGAGAUCAGCUGUGACAGCGGCUUGGGGUGCCAGGACACGUUGGUGCUCAUUGAGAGCGGACCCCAAGUGAGCUUGGUGCUCUCCAAGGGCUGCACCGAGGCCAAGGACCGGGAGCCCCGCGUCACUGAGCACCGGAUGGGCCCCGGCCUCUCCGUGCUCUCCUACACCUAUGUGUGCCGCCACAAGGACUUCUGCAACAACCUAGUGACCACUGCCCCGCUUUGGACCCCGCAGCCCCCAGCAGACCCAGGAUCCUUGAGGUGCCCAGUCUGCUUGUCUAUGGAAGGCUGUCCGGAGGGGACGACAGAAGAGAUGUGCCCCAAGGGGACCACGCACUGUUAUAAUGGCCUCCUCAGGCUCAGGGGAGGAGGCAUCUUCUCCAAUCUGAGAGUCCAGGGAUGCUUGCCCCAGCCAGGUUGCAACCUGCUCAACGGGACACAGGAAAUUGGGCCCGUGCGCAUGACUGAGAACUGCAAUACGAAAGAUUUUCUGACCUGCCAUCGGGGGAACUUUGCAGAAGGACCCAUUGGAUGGACCGUGUCUAAUACCGUGAUGUGCGAGGCGGGCCAGGUGUGUCAGGAGACGCUGCUGCUCAUAGAUGUAGGACGCACAUCGACCCUGGUGUGGAGCAAAGGCUGCAGCGCUGUUGGGGCUCAAAAUUCCCAGAAGACCUCCAUCCACUCAGCCCCUCCUGGGGUGCUCGUGGCCUCCUAUGCCCACUUCUGCUCCUCAGACCUGUGCAAUGGUGCCAGCAGCAGCAGCGUCCUGCUGAACUCCCUCCCUCCUCAAGGUGCCCCUGAGCCAGGAGACCAGCAGUGUCUUACCUGUGUGCAGCCCUUGGCAACCUGCUCAAGUGACUCCCCAGUAAAGACCUGCCCCAGGGGCACCACUCAUUGUUAUGAUGGGUACAUUAGUCUCUCAGGAGGUGGGGUAACCACCACAAUGGGCAUUCAGGGCUGUGUGGCCCAACCUUCCAGCUCCUUGUUGAACCACACCAGACAAAUCGGGAUCUUCUCUGUGCGUGAGAAGGGUGAAGAGGAGCCUCCUGCCCCUCAUUCUGAGAGAGGUGGGGCUGGGGGCCUGGAGUCUCUCACUUGGGGGGUGGGGCUGGCACUGGCCCUGGCGCUUUGGUGGGGGGCUCUUUGCCCUUCCUGCUAACUCCAUUUCCCCCACGAUUCUUCACCCCUGCUGACCACCACACUCAACCGUCCCUCUGACCUCAUAACUUAAUGGCCUUGGACACUAAAUUCUUUUCCCAUCCUGCCCAUGAAUUAUCUUCCCCACACACAAUCAUUCAUGUCUACUCACCUAAUAGCGACCCUGGGGAGAGCCUGGAGCAGCUGGACUUGUCCUAUGGGAGAGGGGACGUUGGAGGAGUGGCUGCAUGUAUCUGAAUAAUAAAGACCUUGUCCUUUCUUCCA